GUGUGUGUGUGUGUGGGUGGGUUUAGAGGAAGUGUUAUGGAACCCUUGGCCUCUAAAGUCAGAUGCACCCCCCUUUCCUCCAGAUCCAGAGAUUGUUGUUUCUACACACCUUUGCAGGCAAGCUGGAGCACAAACUGGAAACUGGGAGAGACAAAGAGGCAGAUCAAAGACGAGACUGAUGUUUUGACAGAAGUGCACAUACACACCUCUGUCCUCUUUGAAGUUAUGGAAAGGUAGCAUCCUAAGGAUAGUCCUAGCAAGUCAUUGGCUUGCUACAAACCUCUGGACAAGUCACUUUAGUUUGUUGCUCCAGUCUCAUGGUCAUGUAUCUCCCAGAGGAACGGCCUGUGCUGGACUUACCUUACCAAAUGAAUUAUUUGGCUAAUAACUAUGGAUAUUAUCCACAAGACUGUAAGGAACCCAUUUUCCGCACUCAACAUGGCCUCAAUAGCAGGAUGAACAGUCCUGAAGCUGAACUGACCUCACUGCCAGUUCAUGUAUCCCUGCAAGAUCGAGAGCUUUGGGACAAAUUCAGCAGUAUUGGCACAGAGAUGCUGAUUACUAAAUCUGGAAGGCGGAUGUUUCCCAGCUGCAAAGUAACAGUGACAGGACUGAAUCCAAAAGUCAAGUAUAUGGUGAUAAUGGACAUGGUGCCGUUUGAUAACCAUAAGUACAAGUGGAAUAAGGAUCGUUGGGAAGUGAAUGGUUCAGCCGAUCCACACCUGCCCAAUCGGUUCUUCAUCCAUCCAGACUCUCCUGCACCUGGAGAGAAAUGGAUGCAGUAUCCGAUCUCCUUUCACAAGCUCAAACUGACCAACAACACCCUCAACUCUAAUGGCCUGGUGGUUCUCCACUCCAUGCAUAAAUACCAGCCCCGUCUACACAUAGUCCAGUCUCCAGACCCCUGUAACCCUCACAACGCUGGCGGUUACCUGCGCUUCACCUUCCCUGAAGCUGCUUUUAUAGCUGUAACAGCCUACCAGAACCAAGAGAUCACAAAACUCAAGAUUGACAACAACCCCUUUGCUAAAGGCUUUCGUGACAAUGGGCUGAACAGGAAAAGGUUUAGAGAAAAAGAGAGCCAAGAGACCCAGGAUUCCAUUGGACAGGCCAAAAAUGAGCAUGCAGUAAGACAGCCACAGAAAGGCGAGGAAGUGGAUGUGACCGUGUCCAGCUCUGUUGACUGCAGCAGAACACUGAAUUCUUCAGAAGUAGUUUCCUCUGUCACCCCUAACCCUUUCAUAUCAGCCUUCAUAAACCCCAGCACUGCUGGAGGACCUUCACCCCAUCAGACCCACACCAUUCUCAGCCUCAAUAACAGACACCUGAACAGUCCCAGAGAAACGAGACCCUCCAGCCUCCAUAGUCUGUGUGCAGCUUUGCCCGUGGCCCAGAGCUCCUGCAUCCAGUCCUCCACAGGAAACACCAACCUCAGCAGACUGCCCUCUCAGAUCAGCAGCCCUCUAAACCCUCAGCAACACCAUCACCACAGCAGCCCAGCCUCUCAAACCCCAGACAGAUCCAUCAUCCAGCUCCAGCCUUAUUUUCAGACCCCUCCACAUCCCUCACGACAAUGUCCUGAGAUGGAGCUGCCCCUCCCUCUGCCUCCUAAAGUGAGCCGGAUGCAACUCCCUGAAAGUGCUCUGAGGAACCUGGAGAUGACCGACUACGUUAAUCUGAGGCCCCUCACUGACAUCCUCAACAGGAUCCAUUUUCGAGCUUUAGCUUCAGGACCAUCGGGGAAGGUCCUACAAAAUCCCCCCCAACCUGAGCAGUACCUCCGUGGCUCAGACCGAGAACUGCAUCCUCAGAUUUAUCCAGCAGUUCAGGAAUACAUCGAUCAGCAGUUCACAUUAAACAGCAUGCUGAGCAGCCAGACUGAACACAGAUCACAGAUGGACUAUGUCAGUGCCAGACCACUAACUGAAUAUUGCUGUGAACAGCAGACUGGGAAAUGAAGUUUUUCAGUCAUCAUCGAAUUAUGCCUCAUUUUGUUGCUCAUUUCCAGCAGACUGCACUGCUCUGCAUUAGUAGUUUACAAAGCAGAUUCAAGUUGAACACUGAGGGCUUCCCAACAAAAGAAUGUAAAUAUAUUUUCAGCAGGACAUGAGGUUGUUAGCUGUCAUUGAUGUCCAUAUUUAUGUUUGGUCUGUUACUGUCUGAACUUUAAACUGCUAAACGUCUAGAGUCAACAUGAAACCAUUCAGAAUUGUAAUCGACUUCAGGUAAUUCUGCAGACCACACUUUUGCUGUUUCUAUCCUAAUUUUUGACCCUGUGUGGGUUUCAUUUUUUACAUUAAACCUAAACACAGAGUUCUGGGUUAAGUUUUCUUUUUUUUUUUUUUAUAAAGUCAUCACAAAU